AUUAAUUUGAAUUACGGCAGUCACUGUGAAUAUACUCAACCGUCUUGAUAAUAAAAUCCACACACAGUUAAUUUGUUAAGUGCACACUGUGCAGAGUCCGAAUUGUAAAUUUAUCGGUAAAUCACAUUGAACGGUAGUUUGAAUCCUGAACUUAUUUUGCAUAUGAAAUGAGUAAUUAAUGAAAAUGCAAAUGUAAUUUGAAAGCAAAAGAACUUCGAAGCAUAGUAAUUAUUCAAUUUGAUUUUCAUUGUUGUUCGGUAUAAAAGAGGCUUACAAAAUAUUUUUCCGAUUAAUUUGUUUUAAAGUGUUGAAUCAAUCACUCAACAAUAGUGGAUUAGUUUUUAAGUGUAACCAGUUAAACGUUGUGUUCGUGAUAAAUUGUGUGUGAUAAACCGUGUUUGAAUUUAACAAAUGGGUUUGGAUGUUGAACAUCUCGCAGGCGAUACCAUUCGCUCUGCUGGAGGUUAUACGUUUCCAUUGAUUUUGCCAUUGAUUUUUGUAACAAUCAGUUUGGCAUUAUUGCAUGUAUAUCUUCAAAGUCGACGAAUAGCAAAAAUUGGCAAUAAAAUUCCCGGCCCACCUACAUUGCCAAUCAUCGGAAAUGCGCAUUACGUUUGGAAUAAAACACACAACGAAAUUCUCGAAUUGGCUCUUGAAUUGAGCAAAGUUUAUACGAAUCUUGCACGUAUUUGGAUUGGACCAAAAUUGGUCGUUUUCUUAACCAAUCCAAAGGACGUUGAAAUCAUUCUCGGCAGUCAUGUACAUCUUGACAAAUCAGAUGAAUAUCGCUUCUUCCAACCAUGGUUGGGAAAUGGUUUGCUAAUUAGCAGCGGUGAGCAUUGGCGCUCACACAGAAAACUCAUUGCACCAGCUUUCCAUCAAAAUGUUUUGAAAUCAUUCAUUCCAACAUUCAACAGUAACAGCUUGAAUGUGGUUAAACGUCUUGAAAAAGAAAUGGGCAAAGUUUUUGACAUUCACGAUUACAUGAGCGAGACCACGGUUGAUAUUUUGUUGGAAACCGCAAUGGGACACAAACGUAUUGGAAAAGACGAUGAUGGUUUCAAAUAUGCCAUGGCUGUCAUGAAAAUGUGUGAUAUUUUACAUGCUCGUCACGUAAAAGUUUAUUUGCGUUUCGAUGCAAUUUUCAAUUUGACAAAAAUCAAGGAAAAGCAAGAAGAACUAUUGAACACAAUCCACGGUUUGACGAAACGUGUUAUCAAAGAAAAGAAACGACUUUUCGAAAAGAAUUAUAAAGAAGGAAACGUUCCAACUCCAUCGCUUUCCGAAAUCAUUGCUAACGAUUAUGUUGUUCCAUCGAAACCAACUAAAAAAACCGAAGGAUUGCGUGAUGAUUUGGAUGACAUCGACGAAAAUGAUGUCGGUGAAAAACGUCGUCUAGCCUUCUUGGAUUUGAUGAUUGAAUCAGCGAAGAACGGCGCAAAUCUAAGUGACGAAGACAUUAAACAGGAGGUGGACACGAUUAUGUUUGAAGGACACGACACCACAGCGGCCGGUUCAAGUUUCGUUUUGUGCUUGUUGGGCAUUCAUCAAAACAUUCAAGAUCGCGUAUACAAGGAAAUUUAUCAAAUCUUUGGUGAUUCAGAUCGCGAAGCAACCUUCAAUGAUACAAUGGAAAUGAAAUAUUUGGAACGCGUCAUUAUGGAAUCAUUGCGUUUAUAUCCACCAGUGCCAAUGAUUGCCCGUAAAGUGAAUCAAGAUAUUCAAUUGGCUUCAGAAGAUUAUAUUGUACCGGCUGGUACCACAGUCGUUGUUGGAACCUAUAAAAUCCAUCGUCGCCCAGACAUUUACGCCAAUCCGGACCGUUUCGAUCCCGACAAUUUCUUGCCGGAACGCACACAAAACCGUCAUUACUACAGUUUCAUUCCAUUUAGUGCCGGUCCACGAAGUUGUGUCGGUCGUAAAUAUGCCAUGUUGAAAUUGAAAGUGUUGCUUUCGACCAUUUUGCGUAAUUACCGAAUUAAAUCAUCGUUGACCCAAGACGAUUUCAAACUUCAAGCCGACAUCAUUUUGAAACGUACUGACGGUUUCCGAAUUGAAAUUGAACCACGGAAACGUGUUGUCGUUUAGAAUUUUUUUUUAAUUAAUCGAUUAGUCAAAAUAUAUAUCAAAUUCAAGCGUUUUAGCAUAUAAGUGAUGGAGAAAGUUUACUAGCAUUUUAGAAAAAAAAAGAAUCCUUCAAGUAGGCUAAGUAUAGUUAUCGCCGGAAUAUUUAUAAAUAUUCGAAAUCUUUAAGUUCUCGUAGUUAUAAGAUUUUGUUUAUAGCAUUUAAAUUAAUUGUGACCAACAAUCACGUUUGUGUCAUUCUACGUAGAAUGUGCAAUGGCGCUGGUUGUAAAUGGACGGUUUAAAUGUCUCAGCAUGCUCUAUAUAUAAUUUAUUCGCUCGAAUGGAAAACCGAAAAUAUUCCAUAGCCUUUAGUUUUAAUAUUCAAAGCAACGUCGCACAAAGUGACAGGGAAAAAUUACAAAAAAAUGAACGAAUAUACAAUUAGCAAUUGAAUUAAAUCAUUCAAUUCAAAACUGAACAGAAAAA